CCCUACGCCGCGCCGCGCGCGCCCGCCGCGCCCGCGCCACCCAAGCGCGCCGCCGACGCGCGCGCGCCUCACAAGCCGCAGCACUACGCGGCCGACGGCUACGGCGCGGGCAAGCGUAAGAAGCGCCUGGCCGACAAGAUCCUGCCGCAGAAGGUGCGCGACCUGGUGCCCGAGUCGCAGGCCUACAUGGACCUGCUGGCCUUCGAGCGCAAGCUGGACGCCACCAUCAUGCGCAAGCGCCUCGACAUCCAGGAGGCGCUCAAGCGGCCCAUGAAGCAGAAGCGCAAGCUGCGCAUCUUCAUCUCCAACACGUUCUACCCGGGCCAGGGCGACAGCGCCGUGGCGUCGUGGGAGCUGCGCGUCGAGGGCCGCCUGCUCGACGACUCCAAGAACGACCCCAACAAGGUGAAGCGCAAGUUCUCGUCUUUCUUCAAGUCGCUGGUCAUCGAGCUGGACAAGGAGCUGUACGGGCCCGACAACCACCUGGUGGAGUGGCACCGCACGCUCACCACGCAGGAGACCGACGGCUUCCAGGUGAAGCGGCCCGGCUACAAGAACGUGCGCUGCACCAUCCUGCUGCUGCUGGACUACCAGCCGCUGCAGUUCAAGCUGGACGCGCGCCUGGCGCGCCUGCUGGGCGUGCACACGCAGGCGCGCCCCGUCAUCGUCAACGCGCUGUGGCAGUACGUCAAGACGCACAAGCUGCAGGACCCGCACGAGCGCGAGUACAUCGUGUGCGACAAGUACCUGGAGCAGAUCUUCGGCUGCGCGCGCAUGAAGCUGGCCGAGGUGCCGGCGCGGCUCGGCGCGCUGCUGCACGCGCCCGACCCCAUCGUCAUCAACCACCUCAUCUCCGUGGAGCCGCCGCACGACGCCAAGCAGACCGCGUGCUACGACAUCGACGUCGAGGUAGGCACAGCUCGGUGCUGUGGCGGCGCCUCAAUGAAGCUGGCCGAGGUGCCGGCGCGGCUCGGCGCGCUGCUGCACGCGCCCGACCCCAUCGUCAUCAACCACCUCAUCUCCGUGGAGCCGCCGCACGACGCCAAGCAGACCGCGUGCUACGACAUCGACGUCGAGGUAGGCACAGCUCGGUGCUGUGGCGGCGCCUCAAUGAAGCUGGCCGAGGUGCCGGCGCGGCUCGGCGCGCUGCUGCACGCGCCCGACCCCAUCGUCAUCAACCACCUCAUCUCCGUGGAGCCGCCGCACGACGCCAAGCAGACCGCGUGCUACGACAUCGACGUCGAGGUAGGCACAGCUCGGCGCUGUGGCGGCGCCUCAAUGAAGCUGGCCGAGGUGCCGGCGCGGCUCGGCGCGCUGCUGCACGCGCCCGACCCCAUCGUCAUCAAUCACCUCAUCUCCGUGGAGCCGCCGCACGACGCCAAGCAGACCGCGUGCUACGACAUCGACGUCGAGGUAGGCACAGCUCGGCGCGGUGGCGGCGCCUCAAUGAAGCUGGCCGAGGUGCCGGCGCGGCUCGGCGCGCUGCUGCACGCGCCCGACCCCAUCGUCAUCAACCACCUCAUCUCCGUGGAGCCGCCGCACGACGCCAAGCAGACCGCGUGCUACGACAUCGACGUCGAGGUAGGCACAGCUCGGCGCGGUGGCGGCGCCUCAAUGAAGCUGGCCGAGGUGCCGGCGCGGCUCGGCGCGCUGCUGCACGCGCCCGACCCCAUCGUCAUCAACCACCUCAUCUCCGUGGAGCCGCCGCACGACGCCAAGCAGACCGCGUGCUACGACAUCGACGUCGAGGUAGGCACAGCUCGGCGCGGUGGCGGCGCCUCAAUGAAGCUGGCCGAGGUGCCGGCGCGGCUCGGCGCGCUGCUGCACGCGCCCGACCCCAUCGUCAUCAACCACCUCAUCUCCGUGGAGCCGCCGCACGACGCCAAGCAGACCGCGUGCUACGACAUCGACGUCGAGGUAGGCACAGCUCGGCGCGGUGGCGGCGCCUCAAUGAAGCUGGCCGAGGUGCCGGCGCGGCUCGGCGCGCUGCUGCACGCGCCCGACCCCAUCGUCAUCAACCACCUCAUCUCCGUGGAGCCGCCGCACGACGCCAAGCAGACCGCGUGCUACGACAUCGACGUCGAGGUAGGCACAGCUCGGCGCGGUGGCGGCGCCUCAAUGAAGCUGGCCGAGGUGCCGGCGCGGCUCGGCGCGCUGCUGCACGCGCCCGACCCCAUCGUCAUCAACCACCUCAUCUCCGUGGAGCCGCCGCACGACGCCAAGCAGACCGCGUGCUACGACAUCGACGUCGAGGUAGGCACAGCUCGGCGCGGUGGCGGCGCCUCAAUGAAGCUGGCCGAGGUGCCGGCGCGGCUCGGCGUGCUGCUGCACGCGCCCGACCCCAUCGUCAUCAACCACCUCAUCUCCGUGGAGCCGCCGCACGACGCCAAGCAGACCGCGUGCUACGACAUCGACGUCGAGGUAGGCACAGCUCGGCGCGGUGGCGGCGCCUCAAUGAAGCUGGCCGAGGUGCCGGCGCGGCUCGGCGCGCUGCUGCACGCGCCCGACCCCAUCGUCAUCAACCACCUCAUCUCCGUGGAGCCGCCGCACGACGCCAAGCAGACCGCGUGCUACGACAUCGACGUCGAGGUAGGCACAGCUCGGCGCGGUGGCGGCGCCUCAAUGAAGCUGGCCGAGGUGCCGGCGCGGCUCGGCGCGCUGCUGCACGCGCCCGACCCCAUCGUCAUCAACCACCUCAUCUCCGUGGAGCCGCCGCACGACGCCAAGUAG